UGGUUUGGCCCAGCGAUUUCAAAAGUUUGAUUUGCUUCUACCCUGACGCAUUACAAUUCUCUUUCACGAUAUCACCACUUUUACAAAAUGGCAGAGCCUAUUGCGGUUAUCGGGCUAGACGCCAAGUUACCUUGUGACGGAGACAGCGUACAGCAGUUUUUCGACUUCCUUAUCGCUGGACGAUCAGCUCGGAAACCUGUGCCGAGUGAUCGAUAUAACGCAGAUGCAUUUUGGCACCCAGAUCACCACCGGGAUGGAAUUAUUGCAAGUAAACAAGGCCACUUCAUGAACAGCAGCGUCAAAGCCUUCGACGCCCCCUUCUUCGGCAUCACACCCGCCGAAGCGGCAGCGCUGGAUCCGCAACAGCGGCUCCUCCUCGAGUCCUCGUAUGCUGCACUAGAAAACGCUGGUUACACAUUGCAAGAAAUUCUUGGCUCCAACACGGGCGUGUACACGGGCUCGUUUGUGUACGACUACCGUGAUGUUAUGAUCAAAGACACAGAUGUUGCGUUGACCUAUUCGGGUACGGGAACUGUGCCAAGUACGCUUGCGGGCCGUGUGGCGUGGUUUUUCGAUUUUAGGGGGCCCGCAUUUACAGUGGAUACGGCAUGCUCCAGUAGUAUGGUGGCACUGCAUCAGGCGGUCAUUGGGCUGAAGUCUCGGGAGUGUAAUCUUGCACUUGCGUGUGGUACUAAUGUCAUCCUCUCACCGGAGUUUGGGCAACAGCUGAAUGGGCUGGGUGUCCUUUCGCCGCAGGGUGCAUCGAAGAGUUUCGAUAAAGAGGCCAAUGGGUAUGGAAGAGGUGAGGGUAUCUCGGUCGUCGUGCUAAAACGCAUGUCGGAUGCCAUCCGUGACGGAGACACUAUUCGAGCUGUCAUUCGUAAUAGUGGAAUUGGCCACGAUGGCAAGGGUGCUCCUCUACCGGCACCAGUAAGAGAGUCUCAGGUGAAUCUUGUGCGAAGGUGCUAUGCGCAAGCAAAGAUUGACCCUUCGGAAACGCGCCUCUUUGAAGCACACGGAACUGGUACAAACGCGGGAGAUCCAACUGAGGCUGGUGCCAUUAGUGACAUCUUCAGCCGCUAUCGGUCAGAAGAAGAGCCCAUCUACAUCGGCGCUCUUAAGAGUAACAUCGGACACACCGAAGGCAACUCUGGUGUUGCGUCUUUUAUCAAAGCCGUGCUUACCCUUGAAAGUGGCAUCAUCCCAGCAAAUGCACACUUCAAAGAAGUAAACCACGCAAUUCCAAAGAAGUGGCAUUUCAAGUUCCCAACAGUUGCUACUCCAUAUCCUAAAACCCCCUCAGGUGUUCGUCGGGUCUCUAUCAACUCUUUUGGUAUUUCUGGUACCAACGCCCAUGUGGUCCUGGAGGAUGCGCGUCACUUCUUGAAGUCACAUGGUUAUGAUGCGCCUCACCGGACUAUCGCUGAACCACGACUACCCGGUACAACUGCCAUCAACGGCACCGCAUUUGCUCCGCAGCUCUUCGUCCUCAGCGCCUUUGAUCAAGAUGGUGUUUCCAGGCUGUGCAAGGCAUAUGCCGAGUAUCUUCCUAAGAUGACGGACUCACUUUACAACUUGAGCUACACACUCGCAAGAAAGAGGUCCAGAUUUUCAUGGCGGGCUGCUGUCGUAGCAAGUUCGGGCCAGUCAUUAGAAGACAAGCUGUCUGAAGGGCAACCAGCCACACGUUCCCUUGAUCAGCCUGGCUUGGGGUUUGUUUUCACUGGCCAGGGUGCGCAGUGGGCUCGCAUGGGAACGGAAUUGAUUCAGUAUUUGCCCUACCGACAAAGUGUUGAAUGCGCGGAUGCGUAUCUAAAGACACUGGGGUGCGAAUGGUCUGUGAUCGAUGAGCUUUCGAAGCACGAGGGAGAAUCUCGCAUCAACAACGCUGAGUUCUCGCAGGCACUGUGCACAGUUGUGCAAGUUGCGCUUGUCGAUCUCUUGGCUGAUUGGGGAGUGAAAGCGCAAGCUGCCGCUGGCCAUUCUUCGGGUGAAAUUGCGGCUGCAUACUCGGCCGGCGCUAUUGAUCAAGAGAGUGCAUGGAGGAUUGCAUACUGGCGUGGUAAGUAUUUUAGCAAACAUUCUAUUACUCUCUUUGGACAACAAGUUCGUGAACAACUCGCUGACUAUUCCUCACCUAUAGGCAAGCUUUCUGUCCAAUUGGCUGCCUCCAAAGACCAACCUAAAGGGGCCAUGGCUGCUGUUGGUUUGGACUCCAAAAAGACAUUAGAAGCCAUCGAAAAGGUCAAUGAGUCUGGAUUCCAAAGUGUCAGCAAGCUAACCAUUGCUUGCAUGAACAGCGAAAACAACCACACUGUGAGUGGAGAUGUUGAACAGAUUGACGCUCUUGUCCAGAUGCUCGGUAACGAGAACGUCUUUGCCCGAAAGUUGAAGGUCGAAAUGGCAUACCACUCGAGAUACAUGGAGCCCAUCGUUGAGCAGUACACCAAAUGUAUGGGGAAGAUCAUACCUCGCCCAUGGAACGGUCAACAGAUUGAUGUGCAGUUCUUCUCAUCAACAUAUGGCAUGAAGAUUGAUCACUCUAAGCUACAGGAGCCCGCAUACUGGACUACAAAUCUGGUCUCUACCGUGAGAUUCAACGAGUGUCUGAAAGAAAUGCUCAAAGCCUUGUCUGAUGUCAAGGUAGAGGGUCGCUCAUCAAGCCUCGUCACAGAUGUCAUCGAGAUUGGACCUCAUUCUGCCUUACAGGGCCCGCUCCGCAACAUCAUCGAUGCAGUGAACAGGGGAGGCAGUGGUAUCAAGUACCACCAUACACUGAAACGAGGAGAUUCGGAUGUGGAAACGCUCAUGCAGGCCGCUGGAACCUUGUUCACUCGCGGCAUUGAAGCGGACCUACUAAAGAUCAACCACGUCGAAAGAACAACCCCCGUAUUGAUGACUGAUCUUCCGCGAUACCAAUUCAACCAUUCCCGCGAAUACUGGAGCGAGACUCGACUAAGCAGAAAUUUUCGUUUCCGCACCGCUCCUCGCCAUGAGCUCCUUGGGGCGCCUGUCACCGAUUGGGAUGCAAAGCAUGAUGCUAUCUGGCGCAAUUGGAUCCGUCUUUCAGAGAACCCAUGGGUCGAAGAUCACGCUGUCUCAGGAGCCGUCUUGUAUCCAGCUGCAGGUAUGCUCGUGAUGGCCAUUGAGGCGUGCAAGCAACUUGCUGAGAUCUCGAACCCUGGAAAGGCGAUCAAAGCUAUCCGUUUCCACGAAGUUUCCUUCCAUUCUGCAUUACAGGUUCCCGAUAACAACCUUGGUGUCGAGUCACAUCUGCACCUGCGCCCGGUGAAACAGGCGGCUCGGGAGACAAAGGCUUCUCCUUGGUGUGAGUUCCAAGUACUGACAGCCCAGGAAGACGAUCAAUUCCGCGAGCAUUGCUGUGGUCAGGUUCUUGUUGAGUACGAAGAAUCGCCGACUGCUGUCGAUGCUGGGCGAGAAGAUCAAGCCCUCAGAGACCAUGCUCAAGUUCGGAUUUCGGACGCACAGCAAAAGUGCAAGAUCCGGGUUACACCCGAGCAGAUCUACCAGGCCUGGAAGGAUGUCGGUCUCUCCUUUGGCCCAACGUUCCAAACCCUAUCAGAGUCUUCUGUUGACCACGAAUCGGGCGUGACCUUCGCCACCAUCAAGCCGACCGUACCGCUUCUGAAGUCUCUGAUGCCCCUUAACUACCUGCAACCACAUCUCAUCCAUCCCACAACACUGGAUGGUGCACUCCAGGCAUGUCUAGUUCCUCUUGUUUCGAACCCUACGAGGAAACAAAAAAAGCCCAUUGUUCUUUCAUUCAUAGAAGAACUUUGGAUCUCCGCAAGCCCACAUCCUGAAGAUGGCUACCAAGUCUUUGCCGACUAUGACGCUUGCAACCGCGACGAGCAUACCCUAUCUUGCACCGCCAUUGACAAUAACACGAAAGCACCGAUGAUCCGAGCAUUUGGCUGCAAAGCCACCGAAGUCAAUGGCGGCACCGACCCAUUGAGCUCUGAGUUGGACCCAAAGCACAAAUCCUGGCACAUCAGAUGGAAGGCAGACACUGAUUUUGCAGAUUUCGGGACAGAAAACGAAGGGUUCCAGAGAUAUUACGACUUGACGGAUAGCUCCACCUCUUCUCUCAACGAGGUACAAAAGAACGUCACAGCAGGCUUUGUGCAGCCCAAGGUCCUGGAUAUUUUGUCUGAGCCGAUGCAUCAGGGCUUCAAAUCCGAGUCGUAUGACGUUCUCGUAGCGCCUGUAAGCGCAAUUCCCAGCGCACACAUGGAUAUCGUUCUGCGCAGAUUCUUCAGUCUCCUCAAGGCUGGCGGCAAGAUUGUUCUUACUAUGCCCUUCGAUAAGGUGGUGGCGAAGAGCUGGGCCAAAUAUCUUGUUCAGCAGAGGUUUAGUGAGCCAGACGCUGUGUUUGGGGAUAAGAAGUCUUCGAUCUUGGUUGCCAGUGUUCCCGCCACUGAAAGCAAGGAAUCGGUAGCAAGGCCUAAGACCUACUAUAUUGUCGCCGAUAAGGCUUCGGAGAAACAGCGACAGGUGGCUGAGAAGCUGGAAUCUCUGUUGAAAGAGAACGGUGUGACUGUCAAGAUCGUUGCUCUUGCCGACUAUGAGAAGCUAGCGACGACAGCUGACCAGGAAACUAUCACUGAGAGCGCUUGCAUCAUGAUUCCGGAACUAGAGAAGACAUUGCUCGCUACCGCUGAUGAAUCUGUACUAUCAGCAUUGAGGAAGAUGGUUGGGGGAAAACGGCUGUUGUGGGCUAACGAAGAGUCCCCUGGCACGGAUCUCGUCACCGGCUUUGCAGCAAGUAUCCGCCUUGAUCUUCCAGAGCUGAAAUUCGUCACAAUUACCUUCCAAGAUAACGAGAGCGAUGAGAGUGUUGCAAGCAAGAUCUUUGAGGUCGAUACACGCUUGUCUUCGUACCGCACAUGUCCUUACGAGACUUCGUACAAGGUCGUCGACGGUUCGAUCUUGAUCCCGCGACUUGUCGAAGCCCCUGGGUUGACAAAGCACAUCGGCCAGACAUCCGACGACAGCCUCUCUGAAAUGGCAUUCGGGGCAGAUCCAACGCGCCCUCUGCGCCUCAAGGUCCAGCAAAUUGGAUCGUUGAGCUCAUCAUGCUUCGUUACUGAUCCUCUCUACACCGCUCCUCUAGAGGAAGACCAGGUGGAAUUCAAAGUCAAAGCUACCGGUAUGAAUUUCAAGGAUCUAGCCAUCCAGCUUGGCAUGAUCUCAGAGUCAGCCAUGGGUCUCGAGGCUGCGGGAAUAGUCACGCGCGUGGGGUCAGGAGUGACGCGGUUUAAACCCGGCGACCGGGUCUUUGGUGUCACUUACGAUGGCUCGUUCGCUACUUACGCGCGAACCAGUGAAAGCAUUCUCACUAAGAUUCCGGACAACCUGUCUUUCGCUCAGACUGCAACCAUGCCUGUUGUGUAUUUGACAGCAUGGAUCUGUCUCUACGAAAUCGGUGGCCUCGCCAAACGUGCGAAACGAGGGAAGAAGCCAACUGUGCUGAUCCAUGUUGCUGCUGGAGGUGUUGGCCAAGCUGCUAUCCAGCUGGCGCAGCGCGAAGGCGCAGAAAUCUUUGUCACAGUAGGAAGUAUCGAGAAGCGCGAUUUCCUCGAAAAUACGUACGGAAUCCCGCGCGACCACAUCUUCUCGAGCCGUGACUUGACUUUUAAAACCGGAGUGCUGCGCAUGACCGCCAACCGUGGAGUCGACAUUGUGAUCAACAGUCUUGCUGGCGAUGCCCUUCGUGCCAGCUGGGAACUCGUUGCGCCAUUUGGAGCCUUUGCUGAGAUCGGCCUGACAGACAUCGAAUCCAGGGCUCGCAUCUCCAUGGCUACUUUUGCCCGAGGCGUGAGAUUCGAAUCGCUCGAAUUAGCUUACAUGUGGAGGACCGACCCAGAGCGACUUGGUCAAUUCUGGGCCGACAUGAUCGAAGAUACCCUUGGUCGCAAUCUCGAAAUCAAGACUCCUAUCACGAGUUAUCCUGUCUCAAAGAUGGAAGAGGCAAUGCGUCUUAUCCAGUCUGCAAAGCACAUUGGAAAGUUGGUCAUUGAGUAUCAUGAUGAGGAUGUGGUCCGAGUUAUUCAGCCGCCCAAGCAGGGUGCUAGGCUUGUGCCUGAUGCUACAUAUGUUGUUUCUGGCGGUUUCGGAGGUUUGGGUUUGAAAAUCAUCCGUUGGCUUGUACAGGCCGGUGCUAAGAAUCUGAUUGUUCCUUCGAGGAGAGGUCCAUCAAAUGAGGCAAGCAAGGCGCUCGUGGCUGAGUUGCAGGGCAAUGGCGUUCACAUCGCUACUCCCUCGUGUGAUAUCACGGAUAAGACUGGGUUGGAGAAGGCUAUAUCUGAGGCUCUGGCUGAGAUGCCACCAGUUCGUGGAUGCAUUCAGUCAUCUGCUGUGUUUGCUGACAAUGCUUUUGACAAGAUGACUGCAGAGCAGUGGCACCAAGCUGUCGAUGUCAAAGUCAAAGGAAGUCACAACCUAUGGGAAAUUCUUACCUUAAAUAGUCAGACCCUCGACUUCUUCAUCAUGCUAUCCUCUAUAGUGGGCAACAUCGGCAUGAGCGGCCAAGUAAACUACUGUGCAGGAAACUCCUACCAAAACGCCAUGGCCAGAUCGCUAGCUGCCCAAGGCCACAAUGUCGUCGCGCUCGCCGCUCCAAUCCUAGAUGACGCUGGCAUGGUCGCCCAGACACCAGCACUAAGAUUGUACCUCCUCUCCACCGGUUUAGCCUUCAUGACAUCCGAGCAACUCGUCAAAACAAUCGAUUACUACUGCCAUCCCGGCACAAAACUCAGCGUCGAGGAAGCCCAGCCGGUCCCGAGGUUCUGGCUCCCGAGGUACACUGCAGACGAGGGCGCUGAGCAGCCAGCCUGGCAGCACGAACCAAUGUACAACCAUAUGGUUCUUCGAAAUGGCGCAGAUAAUGAUAACGGGUCGCCUGGAAACGGAGGCUCAUCUAAGCGCUCGACGCCCGAUAUCAUUGCUGCAGCGACAUCGUUGGAAGAAGCGGAGCAGACGGUACUCAAAGCGUUGCUAAAUCAACUUACAAAGACGCUCAGCUAUGACUUGGAAGAACUGGAUGCUGAUAGGUCACUCAAUGCGUAUGGCGUUGACUCGCUUGUCGCUGUGGAGCUCAGGUUGUGGAUGACCAAGGAAAUUGGAGCAGAUGUCUCUGUGUUUGAUUUUACGAAUGGAAAGUCGAUAGGUCAGCUUGCUGCAAAGGCGGCAGCUAAGUCGAGGUUUUUGCCGGAGGUGAAGGAAGUGGAGAAGGUGGAAGGGGCUUAGAUUUGAUUACCACUUCCUUUUGAAUGAUUUCCUACAAGGUCACAAUAUGCAACCAAAAUAUAUUGAUAUU